AUGGCGGACGAUCAACAGCUGUUCUUGAUAGAGUUCCUGGUGGACAGAGUUCAAAUUCCUGUGAUUAGGGCGAUGCAGGACGAGCUGUUGCCUGCUUGUACUUGCGUCUCGUUUCAAAUUCUCAGCCUACCGCCAGUCGACAUUUGCCAGGAAGCCUUAACCGACGGCUGCGGUUGUAACGAGGGCGACACGCAGGUCUUUAAGAAAGGCAAAUCUUGUUUGUUCGCAUUGCCAUCGAUCGUUCUCCAACGGCCUUUAACCACAUUCCCCAUAAAGUUGUCCGUGUAUAAGAAACUACCACCAGGAGUGUUACCAGACGUGAUGUUGGUCGGUUGCCAUCAGAUAGAAGCGAAGGCUCUGAUAAACGCUGUGUUAAGUCAACAAGUGUUCAGAAUAGCGAAUCCUUGUCAAACGAUCAAAGAUACGUUCAAAAUCACCACGGCUACGGGACAAUGCGUCGGAAGUGUGACAGUCUACAUAAGAACUUCCUGUUUUGGCAAGAAGAUCAUCACGCAGUUCCAGAUACCGCACAAUAGGAAACCAUACCUGUUCAAAGGGGCAGACGAAAGUCCUGUUUUCCAAUGCAAAAAAAUACCCUCUGAAUGCUACACGCAGGUUCCAUUGAAGUGUACCUGUGUGAAGAAGUGUAAUGACGGUAGCGGUGAAGCCACCGGAAAAACCUGUUGUCCAACGCCGAUCGUUCAAGCAGGACCAUGCCCUCCAUUACCUGCCAAACCUAAACUACCUGACUGUGGGCCACGACCGUGUUGUCCUGCUCAUCAGGGCUCUCCUGGGCAAUCUCCUAACUGUCCGCCAUGUUCCCCGAAUUCGCGACAAAAAGCUCAACCAACAACCGCCUCUCCGUGUUGCUGUUCACAAGCGGAGCAAAUGUUCGGCGGAAUACGGGCCGCUGCUCUUCACCAAGCUGCCGAUGAAGGAAAAUGCAGUCCUUGUGCACAACAAUCCUCUUGUCCACCUUGUUGCACUCCUUCCUCUCCGAUAGCGUCCAAAGGAUUCAAAGCUUUCAGCGAUCUACUUGGCAAAGAGACAAACACGAAGAAGUGCGGGUGUCCUGUGAAGGAUUACAGUUGCAACUGUGGUAAACCGAAGUGA